AAGACAACACAGGCCAGCAACUGGCUUUCUGGAGGAGCGUUUCCGUAAUGUAAGGAAAAGGCAUCAACCAAGGAAGAAGAUGCUUUCAGCCCCAGAAGCUCCACCAAAAAGAUCAAGUUUGCCUGAACCAACCAUCAGUGCUGAGCGUGCCAUCCAGAUGACAGAAUGGCUAAAAAAUAACUUCUGGCCCGCAGACCAGGUUGUCCAAUACAUGCGGGAAACUGCAGUAUAUCGCACAGGAUGGAUCCGCUCAAGUGGGACAAUCCCAAUGCAGCAGAUUUUUGCAGAGUUCCCACGUUUGUUGGACACACCAGGGAUGGUCAUUCGCAUGGGGAAGAAGGAGGAGAGCGGUCUUCUGCCUGAGAUUGAGUUGCUUCCACAAGACAAACAAGGUGACGUGGCACUGCAUCUGCUGCCAAAACUCCUCCCUGCUGUUCCCUACAGAGUUGGGCGAAAGGUGGUCAGACCCAGCAACCUAGAAGUCCAGCAAGCCUUCAUUGAUGUCCAGCCAAUUGGGACAAAUAUGGUGGAAUAUCUUGGAAGUACAGCAACAGAGCAUUCACGUGUUCUCAUGCUUGGGGACAGGUAUUGUUGUUCCCAAGCAUUUGUUGUCAUAAAUGGAACUGCUUUGGAAUAUCCAUCUCUUUUGGGGGCCGUUGACGGCUGUUUCAAAUCAUUCUUCGUUUUUGAUGUGAGUUAUCCGAAGUCGUGUAUCCAGAUUUGGGAUUUUCUCCAAACUGUGAUAUAUGAAAUCCCAGGAAACGAGUCACCCCCGAUAAAAUUAAUGAGGGCACAGUUGGAGGCCAUGGAAGAAUAAAUGCAAUUCUUCAAUAACCCUUAAAUAAGUUUUAAAUGUUCUGAUU